CUGUUGCUGUUAUCGAUACAUAUGAGGUGCACGUCCUGGCUGGCUUUGCACCGCCAUCUCCGCUCUGCCAACUUGUGAUCUGUCCUCCUUACCCCACCAUGGGCAUGUUCAGCUGGUUUCGUCCGCCGUCGGCCCCGGAUGAAAUUUAUGCAUCCAGUCUCCAAACGCUCUAUCUAGGCCACGCCCUCUGGUACCCUGAGCCGCAUGGGACGGGCGAGCCGCAGAUUGGCGACGUUGGCUUCGUGAACGAAGGCGCGUUUAUCAGGCUCUUCAAUCUCGACGCCUCCACACCCGAGAAGAAGGUCGCAUUCUGGGAUCCGCCAUUCAAGAUUACAGAGCCCGUACCUCCGGGCGUAUUCCGGAUUGACGAGAGACGCAGUCCGCUCAUCCCCAAAGAUUAUCGCAGUCAUGGGGUGGAGAGCAAGGAGAUCCAUGCCUCGGCAGACGUGUGAGUGCGCUA